AUGAUCCGACUCGGGGUUUUCGCUCUCACGGCUGCUGUAGCAUCGUCUCUGCCAUCGAAUGCACCGGUAGAUCUACCGGCGAGGCAGUAUAAGGCGCCUCCCGAACUAUCGUCGCCAGAAGAAAGAGCACAGGCUGUAGUGAACACAUUCAGAGUGAGCUGGGAUGGGUACUAUACAUAUGCGUUUCCGAAGGAUGAGUUGAAGCCCGUGACGAACAAUGGUAGUAACUCCCGAAACGGGUGGGGAGCCUCCGCCGUAGACGCCCUCAGCACAGCACUCAUUAUGGGCGAGAAAGAAACAGUAAACCAGAUUCUAGACCACAUUCCAACCAUCAACUGGGCUGUUACAGACUCCUCAGUCUCAUUGUUCGAAACCACAAUCCGGUAUCUAGGCGGCAUGCUCUCAGGAUACGAUCUCCUACGUGGACCUCUGGCGCAUCUCGCAGACAACCCAGCGAACGUCGAAGCUCUCUUGACUCAAUCAAUCAACCUAGCAAACAACCUUUCCUACGCAUUCGAGACACCUUCGGGCGUACCAUGGAACAAUCUCGACCUCAGCGCCCGCGGCAACGACGGUAACCCCAACGGCCUCGCAACAAUCGGAACCCUCAUCCUCGAAUGGACACGUCUAGCCGACCUAUCCGGAAACCAAACCUACGCAGACAUCGUCUCAAAAGCAGAGUCGUACCUGCUCUCCCCUUCCCCAGCAUCUGGUGAGCCAUUCCCGGGUCUCGUCGGAUCCACCAUCAGCGUGCAAACGGGCGAAUUCACCAACGGUGACGGCGGGUGGGUCAGCGGAUCAGAUUCCUUUUACGAAUACCUCAUCAAGAUGUACAUAUACGACCCCAAGUUCUCGCAGCUCAAGGACCGCUGGGUCACCGCUGUAGACAGCAGCAUCAAGUAUCUAGUCGCACACCCUUCACCACGGCCCGACAUUACUUUUCUCGCUGCCUACAACGGCGCACAGCUCAAAUUCGACAACCAGCACCUGGGCUGUUUUGAUGGUGGAAAUUUCAUACUAGGGGGCCAGGUACUGGGACGACAGGAUUACAUUGAUUUUGGACUCGAGCUCGUGAAUGGGUGCCAUGAGACGUAUAUUAACACUGCGACGCGGAUUGGGCCCGAGGUCUUUUCUUGGAAUACCACGAACAUACCGGCGAACCAAACGGAGCUGUUCGAAUCGGCGGGGUUCUGGAUUAAGGAUGCGAAUUACGUGUUAAGGCCUGAGGUCAUCGAGUCGUACUACUAUGCCUUCCGUGCUACGUCGGAUCCAAAGUACCAGGAGUGGGCGUGGGAUGCAUUUGUUGCGAUUAAUCAGACGACGAGGGUGGGCAGCGGGUACAGCUCGAUUAAUAAUGUUAAUGUGGUUGGGGGAGGCGGGUUCAGCGAUUUCCAGGAGAGCUUCUGGUUUGCGGAGGUGCUCAAGUAUUCGUAUCUGAUUCAUGCGGAGGAGGCCGAGUGGCAGGUUUCCAAGGAUGGGAAGAAUGCGUGGGUUUACAAUACUGAGGCGCAUCCAGUCAAGGUUCACGGGGGAAGCAAGUGA